CAAAAACAAAGGGCGUCACAAACCCGGAUUCCCCAAAUUAAACCAAAGGGCGUUUGGCUUUUAAUUUAAUUCAAUGCAAAAGUUCUCAUUUGAGGCAUUGUGGGGCGUAUCCUCAUCACCUAGUGCCAAAAUAAUUGCACAUUUCAUUUUUUUCACUUAUCAUAUGCUAUUGGCAUCCAACCUUUUCCCCAAAAUAAUAAUAUUAUUAUUUGGUUUUUUUUUCCCUCUUUCUUCCAAACAUGCACAAGAGAAAAUCCAAUGAUCUUUCUUCUUCUUCAUCAGCAUGUCGGAAAACGUCCGCAAGCGCCGCGGCAGGAACCAAAACCGCCCGCGCUUGCGACUGUUGCAUCGGGAAGACGGCCGGGUGGUAUUGCCCGGCCGACGACGCCUUCUUGUGCCAAAGUUGUGACCGUUCGGUACAUUCCGCUAACCUUUUAGCCCGAAGACACCAACGGGUUCCUCUCAAGAUUCCACCUUUACCCCGAUCGAUAUCGUCUUCUUCGUGGGAUUCCGGUUUUACUCGAAAGCCCCGAACCCCACGAAGAAGAAGGUGUUGUUUGGCUAAGAAUGCUAAGAAUUACCAUUCUUAUAGACAAGAGGUGGAACUCACCCUUGUCCCGGAAGUAAAUAGCAUUAGUGACGAGAAUUCUCAUCAUGAUGGCUAUAGUGAGGCGGAGGAGGAAGAGGAAGAGCUCCUUUACCGGGUACCGAUUCUCGACCCUUCAGUGGCGGAGAUGUGCACUUCCGGUGAGGGGAAGAAUAUUCCGGCGGCAUCUCGAGAUUUUGGCAAGAAAAGUAGUAACGGAAGCAGUUAUGAGCCUCACGGAGUGAUUGUUCCGUCAGAUUUUGCGACGGAGGUGGAGAGCUUAUUGCUGGGGAAAGGAAUUGACGGGGAGGAGCCGUUAUUGGAUUUGGAAGAGAUGGGGCUUUUGAGUAAUUUCAGUCAAGAAGUCAACGUGUCUUUGGAGUUGACCGAUGGCGGCGACGAUUCGUCACCGGCGUUGACCGGUGAGGAUGAGAGGGUGGAAGUUAGUGAGAGGAAAUUGAAGAAGUCUGGUGCCGGGUUUGGGUCGGGUGGGUCGAAAAUGAUGUGUUUGUUGAAGCUUGAUUAUGAGAGUGUGAUCGCAGAUUGGGCUGACAGAAGAUGCCCAUGGAGUAGCGGUGGCGGACGCCCGCAUCUGGAUCCGUAUGAUUCCUGGUUUGAUCUCACGGAAGGAAGAAUGGUGGAUGCAUAUGUUGAAAUGGGAGCAAUGAGAAGCAAUGGGCAUCCACGAGGAGCAGCUUUGAUGGAUGAAGAGAGAAAGGAGAGAGUGUGGAGAUACAGAGAGAAGCGGCGAAAGAGGCUGUUUUCGAAGAAAAUAAGGUACCAAGUCCGGAAACUCAACGCGGAGAAGAGGCCCAGAAUGAAAGGCAGGUUCGUCAAGCGGUCUAAUCCUUGUCCAGUACCCACCAUUUAGGCCCGCCCACGUGCAAUAUGCGCAAUCUCCCCUCCGUAUCGCCUUUCGAUUUUAGUAUCUACUUUUUUGCAUUUUGCAUUAUCAUCUCUAGGUAGUGUGAACCUAUACAGUUCACCACUAUUGUAUAUCCUAAUAAUUACUCUGUAUCAUUUUUCCAUUAUAUUAAAUUUAAAUCUUCCUCUAAUUGAUCGUCUUCCUCUAAUCAUUCAAUUCUA